AUGGCCAACUUCGAAACCAAGCUUUUCAUCAACAAUGAGUACGUCGACGCCAAGUCCGACAAGAGAAUCAGCGUCCACAACCCCAUCGAUGGCUCGUUGGUCUCAAGCGAUGUUCAUGUCGCUGGCCCACAAGAUGUCGACGACGCAGUAGACGCAGCCCAGGCAGCUUAUGCUGGUCCAUGGAAAAGGUUUACGGCUGCCCAGCGAAGUGAAUGCCUUGUCAAAUUUGCCGACCUUGUUGACUCCAAAGCAAAAGAGCUAGCUGAGCUCGAGACAACCGCUAUGGGCCAGCCCACUAGUAUUGCUGUCAAAAUCACUAGUAUGAUGUCUUCACUCUUUCGCUACUACGCUGGGUGGACUGAUAAGAUUCAUGGCGAGCAGCUACCUCCCGAGAGUGGCGUCUAUAAGAUCAUCAGCCAUCAUCCCUAUGGUGUCGUCGCUGGUAUCAGUGCAUGGAAUGGUUCGGCCAUUCAACUCGGUCUCAAGGUAGCUCCCGCUGUAGCUGCAGGUAACACAAUCGUAUACAAGAUGUCUGAGAAAUCGCCUCUGGGUAUGCUCCAACUUGGCCACCUAAUCAAAGAAGCUGGAUUCCCACCUGGCGUCAUCAACAUCCUCAACGGCGCGGGAGAGACCGGUUCACUUCUAGCAUCCCAUAUGAAGAUUCGCAUGAUUUCCUUCACUGGAUCAGGUUUCACAGGAAAAAAGAUUUCCGAAGCGGCGGCCAAGUCUAACCUUAAAAAGGUGGCUCUUGAACUCGGCGGGAAAUCGCCUGUUCUUGUGUUCAAUGAUGCAAACACUGAAAAAGCAAUCGAUUUCUGUACCAACAUGUUUCUUUUCAACUCUGGUCAGGUCUGUGCGGCUCCAAGCCGAGUUUAUGUCCAGCGAGACAUUGCGACAUCAUUCAUUGAGACCUUGAAAGCACGGUAUACACAAGCCGCUACUGGUCUGGGUGGUGACCCCAAGGAUCCUUCAACCUUUAUGGGUCCUCUUGCGGAUGGUGCCCAGUAUGAGCGCGUGAUGAGUUUUAUUGACUCCGGUAACAAGGAAGCUGAGCUUGCCGUUGGUGGAUAUCGCGUGGGUGAUCAGGGCUACUUUGUCGCCCCAACUAUCUUUGUCAAUCCCAAGUCUGACGCCAAGAUUCUUAAGGAAGAAAUCUUCGGACCAGUCUUGACAGUAGUCACCUUUGACACGGAAGAAGAGGCUUUGGAACUAGCCAAUGACACAGAGUAUGGUCUUGCUGCAUAUGUUUGGACUGAAUCCCUGUCCCGAGGCUUGAGAAUGUCGGAUCAGCUUGAAGCAGGUGUUGUGGGUAUCAACGGAGGAUCACUGGGCGCUAUCCCUAUGAUGUCGGUUGGUGGGUUCAAGCAAAGUGGUACUGGCUCAGAGUCUGGAUACGAGGGUAUCAGAGAAUAUCUCCAGUCCAAGGCCACUCUGAUCGCCAUGAAUUGA